AUGGCUCCUCGAGAGGUUACGAAGAAAUCGCAUGUGCAGCCCUCCAGGGUUGUCAAAUCGAUUCCAUGCAGAGUAGGAAGGAAGUUUCCGCCGGCGGUGUCUCGCCCACGAGCGAGGACCACCACUGCAGUUCAUCGAUCCAGUGUCUCAACCGUCCGUGCACAUCAGACCAACGGCGACAACAACAUCGGAGUUUCCAUUCGCCUCACAGCAGCGUCUCCUCAAAAUGCUGUUUUGGACAGGCUGCGGCAUGAUUCCACCUCCGAGGUCUCCGACCAACGUGCUCUGACCGGUCCAAGAUGGGUUCUGAGUUUACCUCCACUUGGAGAGCGUAGCACACCUGGAGAGGUCAGACAUUUUCUGGACGCUAUAGCCGAUUACUUUGGGCAAUGGUCAAGUCAUGAUCAAUUGGUUGGUCCGGCAAGCUUCUUCGGCGAUAUGAACGUGAUCAUUGGUCGAAUGGAGGAAUUUGCCUCCCUGCCCUCGCAUAUCAGAUCAUAUCCCGUUGUCUCUCGCGCCCUCGUCGAGUGCGAGAAACAGUACGAGCUAUUUGCCUCCUUGUGGGCUAGAGCGGCUCGCCGCGGACUGUGUGACAAGCUGGCCACCAUGAAUGCUUCGCUCUCAAGUUCCCUUAGCCUAGUCAGAGAGUCCGAUUUCACUGCGCUAUUGGAGGAUAUCCGAGUCAUCUCAACACCUCCUGGGUUCAGCUCGCGCGCCGAAGCUGGACAAAAUGUGGCAGUCCUGUUGUCGCAAGACGAUGCCAGAGACGCGACACUGCUGUGUGAGGCGCUACACUAUCGCUUCCAGAACGCCACGUACAAGACUGAAACGAAGCGUCUGUGGGUGCUCGUCUGGCAAGGCCUCAAAACUGCCUUCUUGGCCUAUCAGGAACAUGGAUCAGCCGCCCUCCCACAAAACUCCUCUGUUGAGCUCUCAUUCUUCAGCGACACAAGGGUGGUGCGUAGACUGCGACUGUUGACUCAGUCUCCCGAUGCAGCCAACCCCAGAACAAUUGAAGAAAUGGUUGGACAUUACUGUCGCUACAUUGCCGAUUGCCAUGCUAAGUCGGACAACAAAUUCGCUCACCUACGUGGCUUACGAAAUGAACCAUUGAAAGCUCAUGUCCUGGCCUCUCUCCAAAAGUUCAUUGAGACUGGAAAGCUCGAGACUAGUACGCUCCCGAAACUGCACUUUGCGGUGAUCCGACUCAAUGCUAUCAGCGGUGGUGCCAAAGUCCUUAGGAGGUGGAAGGAAGGGCCCUCUAGCCCCGGAUGGCAAGCAUGCUCUCCUCAGGCUCACGGCCACCCUGCAAAAGCCCCUGUGACAUGGGCAGAGAUCUCAAGCGAAGCACCCGACAAGAAGCCAGGGAGCGGAAGGCAGGUGAUGAACCAUACCAGCUACGGAGCUCGACAGUCUUUCCCACACCCUGAGGGCGUGAACAGGAGAAGUGCUUUCGACUAUGUCUGGUAUCCGUUUCCAGAGACGCGUGCUCACGAGGUUGCCCAAAAUGAGCAGAUUACACGGGAAAUGGCAGAGCCAGGUAUGUAUUCGGACGGGCCUCGAGCCGCAUUCCUGGUCAAUCGACCACCACGACAUGCCCGGAAUCCGGCAGAUGUUUCAAGAUUUACAUCGAAAAGAAGGACAGGCCCCCUCGGCUGGAUCGGUCAGCUUCUACAGAAACAUUUAUCAGAGCGGCACCGCCGAAGAGCCAUGAAAAUGAGAGCGCCAAAACUUGCAAAAUUAAGUCCCGCUGUCAAGGAUCCGAAUGCAAGGGUCCACAAGGCACCAGCACCGGCACUCAAGAUACGCGGCGGCGGCGGUAUGGCGCGUGACCCAUUUCGAAAGCCUCUGCCCUCGAAACCUUUACUGUCCAAUCGUCCACGCGUAGAUUCGCGCCAAUUUCGAAGAGAGCAUAUUGAGCGUUUGAAGGAUGCAUUAUACGAUGACGGCGAGAAUCCACUAACGCUGCUUGAUCUUCAAGACGAUCAGCUUUUGCCACUUUUGGAACAGGCUUGCUACAAUAUUCAUGUUGCGGCGGAGCUGUAUCACGAACGUGGACCUGCACCGACUCACGCACAAAGUCCAUCUCAGAAGGCAACAGGUCACAUCACUGCUGGAACCAGAAGACCGAGCCAGAAAGCGACUGGAACCUCCCAGCCACAGGCGCAGCGACAGCCACUUGGAGAGCUUCCGGUACAGCAGCCGGAGGGUUCUGAAGAUGGUCAAAGCCAUGGAAACAAUGAGAACGAUGCGGGGAUGAGAGCAGACUCGAAUGACGAAAAUCGUGCACCAACUUCGACGAGUACUUCAUCGAACCACCAUGUCGACGGGCCUUGCCAUCCUUGCCCCCAGUAUCCAGGUCAAUACCACCACAAUUGCCGAUGUCCUUUCGAACCCCACGCGUCAGGCGACGUAGAAGAGGAUUCCAGCCCGGAAAACCCUCCAUCGGUUGUGGAUGAGGAUAGCGAGGGCGAAGAGCCAGCGGUUGGCGAAGCUCGCCGCCACCAACAAAUCCGGGAACAGCCUCACCCUGAUGAUGAGAGAUCGCUGCGCAGCCUGUUCGCCAGUGGGAGUCAACUCCACUGGGAGGUGGCCGAAGCGUCUGACAUAUUUGACGACCUCGAAGCUUUCUUUAACCAGAGAUACUGGGAACAUGAUGCAAAGGUAAGGUCUGAGAUAAGAGACAUGAUUCUGGCACUACGCAAACAGACGCAAUCUAUCGUAGCCGCUUAUCUUAGUGGCAUCGACCAGAGCGUGCCGGUAUUUAUGGAAUCGAUCCCGGCGAAGGAGAAGCUGCGGUACAAUCCGGGAUUACCAUCGUCCAAGGAUCUAUGUCAUCGAUGUUUCUUCGAGCUGCAACGGCAUUUCUACCGUAUGAGCGACAUGAUGGAUGUGGAGCAGCGAUACACCAAUCUCGGCUUCCGUCACGCACUGUGUCGAUGCAUCCGCUCCAUUCGAGAGCUGACUCGAGUUUAUGAAGAGUAUUAUCGACAUCUUGAUGGGAAUAGCAGUCCACCUGCCGAUGAGAGCACAGACAGUGAGGCAACUCUCUCCGAAGAUGAAAAGCAAAGGAUGGUCGACUACAAGCCUCGCCCUCGCCCAGUCUUGCCCACCAGGCAAGAGUAUGACAUGAUGUUCAAGGACGAACUGCAGCGAGAGUUGGUUGACGAACGGGGGUUUGUCGCCUUCCCUCCAAGAUACACGAAGGACUGGCUCAUCGCCAAGCUGAUGGAGCUCGACCAGCAAGGAAACUUUGGCUGUGGCGCACGCCAUGGGUACAGAAACCUUGCCAACAACCCAGGAGCCAGAGCCCGGCCCAGGGGGUUUGAUCUUGAGGCUGCGAUCGCUGUGGACAAGAACACCAGGUACAAUUUGAAGGAUGACGAACGAAGGAGGCUCAAGGAGGCUCGGAAGCUAAAGAGACAGGCUCAGGGGUUGCCUAGUUCCAUCGAUCGCGGAGAGACACCUGGCAGGUUCUCCCAGGAUGUGGACGAGUCCAGUGACGAGUCUAGAAUGGACUCGGAGUAUUCGUCGACAACUUCUGCGCCAUAG